AUGGCGGAGAAUUCACCGGAUGGCAUUCCGAAAAGAGGCGAUUGUGCGGCCCGUUGUCUCGUCUCGAAAAUAUUCAAUGAAGGUUUACCUAUCUACGCUCCACCGCGAAACGCAUUGGAUCGAACAGCGAAAAAUCAUCAACAAGUUGUGUGCACGAGUCGAGAAUGCGUACGGAUUGCUGGAUUUUUGGCUGAAAAUCUUAACGACAAGAUUGAUCCAUGCGAUGAUUUUUAUGAGUUCGCUUGUGGACACUAUGGAGUGAAUCGGAAUCUACCGGCGAGUAAACCCCUUCGGCACACAAUCAGCGAUGUACAGGGAAGACUCAAUAAACAAGUUCGAUCGAUUUUAGAGGCAGAAAACUCGCCAAACGAUAAACCGUGGGAUCGACUCGCGAAGGGCUACUACAAGAAGUGUUUGGAUGAAGAUGAACUCGACAAAUCGGGUCUUCGCGCGAUCAAAGAAGUUCUCGAUUGGGUGGGAGGAUGGCCGACAUUAGACGGGACAAAAUGGAAACCGUGGUCUCGCAGCUGGGAACGCCAGCUGGCUUUUAUCAUGAAUCGAACGGGCGUGAACGCGGUUUUGCUUGAGUUGGCCGUCACGCACGAUCCCGGGAACAGCAGUCGCUCAGUGAUCGAGCUCGAUCAACCAAAAUGGGGAAUCGGCUCGCGAUGGCCGUAUCUGAUGGGCGCCGAUGAUCCAACAGUGAAAAAUUACACGUGGUUAAUGAUACAAACGGCUAUGGCUUUGGGUGCCACUCGAGAACAGGCAGAAAAGGACAUGUUUGAGGCGAUGGAGCUGGAGAUGAAACUCGUCAAUUUCUCAGCCGAAGAGCAUGUUCGACGCGAUCCCGAUCGAGGCAACAAUCGAUAUCAGCUGAAAGAGCUCAAGCAACAUUUCCCGCAUGUCGAUUUGAGUGGCUAUAUCGAGGAAGUGUUCAGCGAUUUGGUGCAAUUAAGCGAGAAUGACACGGUGAUCAUCCGAGAAGUCGAUUAUUUCAAAGGAAUCCAACACAUUCUCCGCGAAACGAACGAGCGAGUGAUCGCCAAUUACAUCUCAUGGCGGAUUGUACAGGGUUUCUCCCCGUUUCUCCCGCCGAUCACUCGUGAACCAUUCUAUCAAUUCAAAGCGAAUCAAACUGGGAUCUUCAAUUCACCGCCACCGGAUCGCUGGGAAGACUGUGUGACUCUGUCAGUGAUCAUGCUUGAUAUGCCAGUCGGGAAACUUUUCGUUGAGAAUUUCUUCGAACAAGAGAAAGCGCUAGCAAAGAUGACUGAAUUGACGCACUAUUUGAAGAGUGAAUUCAUGAAACAACUGAGAAUUCUUGAUUGGAUGGAUGAAGCGACGAGGAAGAGAGCGAUCAACAAGGCUGAACGAAUCGAGUACAAAAACGGUUUCCCGCCAUUCAUUUUCAACGACACGACCAUGCAGAAACAUUGGGGAAUGGUGAUCGAGCACAAUGAGCCACUCCUUCACUUGACAAUUCGCCUGAAAUUAGAACGGUACAAGGAAGAAUUGGAGCGUUUGGAUGAGCCGUUAGACAGAAGUACGUGGUAUCAAAGUCCGGCGCAGGUUGACGCCUACUACGCACCGAAUAACAACGAGAUGAUUUUCCCGGCCGGUAUCAUGCAAUUCCCAUUCCUGACGAUCGGUGUGCCCAACUAUAUCACGUAUGGAAUGGUCGGAGCGGUGAUUGGACACGAAGUCUCGCAUGCGUUCGAUGAUCAAGGCGGUCGCUAUGAUGAAUGGGGUAAUUUGAACGAUUGGUGGGACGCGGAAACGGCGCAGAAAUUCUCCGACAAAACCCAGUGCUUCGUGGAACAAUAUGGAUCGGUUGAGAUCAAAGAGGCAAAAAUUCGACUGAACGGCCGUUUGAGUCUCGGGGAGAACAUCGCGGACAACGGCGGAGUGAAAACCGCGUUCAAUGCGUACAAAGCUUGGCGAAAAAACGCCACCGAAGACGAGCCGGCGCUGCCCGGUUUCCAGAAUUUCACCUCCGAGCAAAUGUUUUUCCUUGCCUACGCGAAUAACUGGUGCUCGGUGGUUCGACCAAAACACUAUGUGCAAUUGGUGAUGACCGAUGUGCACGCGCCGUCGAAAUAUCGAGCGAUCAUCCCACUGCAGAAUCGAAAGGAGUUCUCAGAAGCAUGGAAAUGUCGAGAUGGAUCGAUGAUGAAUCCGCGGCACAAAUGCCAAGUGUGG